AUGGCCGCCCCCUCCGAGCUCCGCGUUCCCCUCAGCCCCCUCGACAUCAACGGCCCCGACCUGAGCGGCAUCACCAUGGGCUACGUCCUCCGGCCCGGCAUCGACGAAGAUGCGCUCCGCUCUGCCCUCUUCCGCGUCGUCGACAAAUGGCGCCUCCUCGCCGGGCACCCAGUGUGGGACGACAACGCGCAGAACUGGUACAUCAGCGUACCCGCGCCCGCGUACCCGCUUUCCACGUUCCCGCCUCCCUUCCACUUCACCACAUCCCACGUCGCGGGCCCGCUCCCCCACGUCCAGCCCGUGCACGACGUGUCCGCGACGCUCCUGCAGAGCCCUCCGAUCGCGCACUUCAGGCACCCGGACACGGUGUGGGCGAUCAAGGACGUCGCCUCGCGCCGCUUCCCCUUCCUCGCCGUGCACAUCACGCACUUUGAUGACUGCGACUGCUUGGGGGUGAAUGUGCCGCACGCGCUGUUCGAUGCGGUGGGCUUGGGGCAGGUGCUGAGCGCGAUUGACGCGGAGAUGCAUGGGAAAGAGUGGGAGGUGCCGCCGAUGUAUGUGGGGGUGAACCCGGUGACAGAGGCGGUCAGUAAGCUGGAGGAGAGUGAGGCAAUGUAUGAGGAGGAGCCAGCGACCUUGAAAUGUCUGAAGCAGGUGCUGGUGUCGAAGGAGCCGGACGGUAUCACGCAAUUUAUGGACAGGAUGGAAUGGGAGUGGCAAACGCAAGACGUGGAGUACAGGGCGGUGUACCUAGGGAAGAAUGUGGUGAGGAACAUGGUAUUGAGCGUGAAUGAGGGGUUAGCAAAAGAGUCUGGAGGGAAGGAGCGCGCUUCCACGGGCGAUGUGCUCCUUGCUUGGUUCCUAAAGGCGCCUCACAGCGCCGAAAGUACCGAAAAUACCCUUCUCGUCGUUCCCUACACCUCCAUGCGCGACGCGCUCUCCGCAGCCGCCGGCCACCCCCUCACCACCUACACCCACAACUGCAAAUACCUCUUCGCCCUCCCCCCGCUCACCAUCUCCGCCCUCCGCACCGCGCCCCUGUCCCUCCUCGCCGUCACCGCCCGCCGCGCCCUCAUCGCCGCGCGCCAGCCCGCCUCUCUUCAAGCCCUCCUCCACUGGCGCGAGCGCACGGGGUCCUUGCUCAACCGCCGCCCGGGCGUGGACUCGUGGCUGGUGUCGAACCAGGGGAUCGGGCGGUUCGCAGACGUUGACUUUGGCGUGGAGAUGGUGGGCUACUGGAGCUGGACGUCGUCGGUGUUGUCGAUGGAUCACAUUUUGACGAUCAAUGGGUUCAAGGGCGGGUAUGUGUUGCAGGCGCCAAUGAGGAGGUCGAGGUGGGAGGCGGUGGAGAGGGGGUUGGAGGGGGUGAGGAUAAGAUGGUCGCCGGAGGAGGUGAUCGAUAUUGCGGACGCCAAGUUGUGA